AUGACUUAUCAAUCCUUAACAACAACAACAACAACGACAACAACGAAUUUCUCCAACUUUCCAACAAAAUGCUUUAAUCCAAUUAAAGCAACAGAAUACGAACCGAAGUACAACUAUUGCAUUUAUGGAAUUAAAUAUUAUCAUAAUAAGACUGGAUUUGACGAUAUUUUAUAUUUUAACGACCCGGAUUAUCCAUGGCAUCAACGUGAUAUAACACAUGAAGAAUUUGAAAAAGCCGCUCAACCCCUUUGUGAUGAUUUGGAAAUUUACGUACAACAAUCUGCUCAGUACAACACUUUGUACUAUGCCGCAUGGAUUAUGGUUCCGAUAACGACCAACAACAAUGUAUGCUUUAUAACCGCUAGUGACAUUCUCGAACGGAAUAGUUUAUACGAACGACAAAUUGAGCAAAUACAUAAUCGAAUGGCUUAUGAAAUCAUUCGCCUCGGUCCGUACAGUGCUGCAGAAAUGGAAUACAUGAAUGAACUAAAAUGCAGAAUACAACACUCUUCCCAUGAAGAUAAUGAGUGUGUUGUGUGGAUGACGUUUGACAAAUAUGGUUAUGAGUGUUGUUGUUAUGGUGAUUUGAUUGGCAAUUGUCAAGACCGGAUUUCAAAUAGUAUACUGGUAGGUACUGAACAACUGAGAGCUUACAACGAAUUUAUAGCAUGCGCUAUUCCCAAUCGCAACAGUACAAAAUAUACUUAUAAGUAUGAUAGUGAAACGAAGAAAAUUACACUCAGAGGAAAGAUGGAAGAUAUUUUGAAUGGAACACUUACCAAAAGUUACUGUCCAUUGUAUCUCGAAAUUUCAAAAACACAAUAUAAAUAUUAUAUGUCGACAGACGAAUUUCAAGUCAACAAACCUAACAAUAUUCUUACCGAUGGAUUAGAUGUUGGAUGCCAUUAUUAUGCAAAUUGGGAUAUUCGACUGGCAGAUAUUGUCAAGACUAGGUGUAUUCAGUUAAAACCAUUAAUGAAUAUGUGCCUAAUGAGUGCUCCCUUAGCAACAGUUAACUUUGAAGCACUUUGUUGUUGCAAUCACCAAACAUUUUGCAAUUAUAAUGGCUUAAUAUUGAGCAAAUUAAAUGCAAAUAAUGCACUUUAUUAUUGCAAGUAUAAUACGCAAUAUCAAUAUUUGUUCAAUGAUUUACUCCUAAUUGAUAAACCGCCAUCAAAGUCAUGCCUACUGCAUUAUAUUGAUAACAGUACUCUGAUGCAUAUGGAUUCUCGUCUGCCCAACAAUGACUUCGUUUUAUUUCAACAACCAGGAAAUGCAUUUUAUCCAAUCGACUUCUCAUAUGCAUUUCUGGAAGACGGAAAAUGUCAUUACGUCGAAGUAGAAGUAAACUUUAAUUAUACAGAUGCACAAUCUUGCCGAGAAGCAGUAAUGUUUGAAACGAAUUACAUGCCACUAAAAAUUUUCGCAUGUCGGUGUCGUACGAACUCGAACAGACCAUGUGAUGAAGAACUUGCAACAAAAAUACAACAUUUAGCCAGAAGUUGGCCUUUAACAAAUUUAACACAAUGUAUGCAAUAUGACCAACAGAGACUUCAAGGUGUGUUGAGUGAAGCGAAAAGAAUCUUUCUCACAUAUACAUCCUAUUGUUACACCGAAAUGACUUUAAAAAUGGAUGAAAAGGAAGUGAAAUUUUAUGUGUCAGGUGGUGAAGUGACACAUACAGUUGCUAAUAACGUUGGAAAACAUUUGGAUCAUAUCGCAUACGCCAUGUGGCUUGAGACGGGAUCGAGAUCAUCACUUUGUGCUUCAAUUCAAAAAGGACAAGUAUAUUGUUUCUGUCGUUCGUACAGUAAUUAUACUGAUGCAUGCAAUGGAUACGUGUGGGAAAGAAUCAAAUCGCAGAAAAUUCUGAUGCAGCAAGAACUCGAUUUUAAGGUCCGAAAGGAAUAUCCGAAUAGGUUAUCAGAUCAUUUGAUAAAAAAAGGGGAAACAUGGUGUCAUUCUCCUAAUGUUUAUGGAACUUUGGAUAUUGACAAUCAACUCAAAAAUGUUCAUGAACAUAAUUAUGAUUGGGGUCAUCCAAGUUAUGACUGCAACUGA